CGUUCGGUCACGAACCGGCCGUUUAGCUGUCUGGCUGCAACCCCCGCGUCCGACUGGCGCACAUCGCGGCCCGCGUGAUCCGAGCGAUCGAAGGGACCCCGUAACAGCUGGUCCACGCGAGGAGAGUCCGAGUUGUUGACACGCACGUGCGCGCGCGUGAGCUCUCCGCCUGUCGCGUCGAUACGCGCGUACUUACACGGACAGAGACGCACACCGGGACCGUUCAUCGGUGUACGAGACACGACGUUACCGUCUUUCCCUCCGGGUUGCUCCGCGGCCGCGCUCUCGUUUUCGUUUCCGUUUUCACGCGACGCAAUGUCGGCGCGGUCGAGUCGGCACGCGGCACCGGGACGCGUCGCGCGAUGGACGAUGACGAUCCCCGGGAAGAUAUGACUGUUCUCCGGUGUGUGCCCGGUAGCGAGUUGUUCCUUGGUGCGGGAAGGUGAACUGUGGUGCACGGACAAAUUUGAUUUUUCCUCGCCGGGGAGAUUUAGUGGUGGCCAGUGAUCCGGGAAGAAGAAGGAACAGGAAGAAGAAUAUUUUGGGUGGAGGAUUGAAGGGAGAGGAUAGAAGGGAGGAUAUUGGGAGGAAUUGAGAGGAGAGAAGGGAAAUGUUGCCGUAUCAGGUGGCCAUGGAUUAUGGGGGCUUUCAACGUCAAAGCCCGGUUGGGGUCGGUGUCGGUGUCGGCGUCGAUGUCGGCGGACCCCAUCAGGGGGCCGCUGGGGCGCUCAACAUCAACCCCGCGUUCACGCACUCCUGGUUCGUACCGGCGGACCUCUGUGUCCCGUACAAACAGAGUCAGGGUCCUCUCCUCGAGCCAGGUAUCCUCGAGUUGCGCAAGGAGAAGAGCAGGGACGCUGCCAGAUCUCGGCGAGGGAAGGAGAACUUCGAGUUCUACGAGUUAGCGAAAAUGCUGCCAUUACCGGCGGCUAUUACCUCCCAGUUGGACAAAGCCUCCAUAAUAAGGCUAACCAUCUCGUACCUCAAACUUCGGGAGUUCUCGGGUCACGGAGACCCGCCAUGGAAUCGAGAUGGGCCUCCGCCAAAUAAAUCUGUCAAAGGUGCAAAUCGAGUAAGGUCUGCAGCAUCCGCCGCUGUGGACCACUUCGAGGUGCAUCAAGGCACUCAUAUACUUCAAUCGUUGGACGGCUUCGCGAUAGCGGUCGCCGCUGAUGGACGGUUCCUGUACAUAUCCGAGACCGUCUCGAUUUACCUUGGACUCUCACAGGUAGAAAUGACGGGAUCAAGCGUUUUUGAUUAUGUUCAUCAGCAAGACCACGCGGAAGUCGCCGAACAAUUAGGCCUCGGUUUAACCUCGAGCAGUUCUUCCGGUCCGCACUCGUCGAGCUCCGGAUUGGCGUCGCCAAGCAGCGCCGCGUCCGAAGAACAUGGUUCGUCUUCCACUGCAAAUCCCGACGUGUCCUCGGUGAUGUCCUUAUCAGCAACCGGUCUUUACAAAGGCUUUGACCGCGCGUUUUGCGUCCGGAUGAAAUCUACGUUAACAAAAAGAGGGUGCCAUUUUAAAUCGUCUGGUUAUAGGGUCGUACUGUUACUGUGCCGUUUGAGACCACAGUAUACGUUUAGCCAUACAAGAAAGUCCGCGCCGCCAUUGAUGGGCAUGGUUGGACUGGCAAUCGCACUUCCUCCGCCAAGUGUGCACGAAAUUCGUCUCGAAACUGACAUGUUCGUCACUCGAAUCAGUUUCGAUUUUCGGAUAGCACAUUGUGAGCCUAAGGUGUCUGAAUUAUUAGAUUAUACCGCUGACGAAUUAACAGGGAAAAAUCUUUAUACAUUGUGCCAUGGGGAAGAUGCGAAUCGUCUUCGGAAAUCGCAUAUCGAUUUGAUCAACAAGGGGCAAGUGUUGACACAUUAUUAUAGGCUGAUGAACAAAAGCGGAGGAUACACAUGGCUACAAACUUGUGCCACUGUCGUGUGUAACACAAAAAAUGCUGAAGAACAAAAUAUCAUCUGUGUCAAUUAUGUUAUAAGUGGUCGUGAAUAUGAAAAUUUAAUCAUGGAUUGUUGCCAAUUGGAAGACGGUGUGAUGGGUGUCAAGCGCGAAGACGCCGCUGGAAAUGAUCCAGAAAAUGGAUCGCCGGAUGCCGACAGGGGAGAAGGUAGAAGUCGUGGCGGGCCACCAAACCAGCAUCAAGAGCACUCGCACAGGUCUCCACCGGAGGAUCGGGAGGACACCCGCGGGUCCGAGAGCGAGAAACGGGGCAGCAGACACCACGACAACAUGACACAGUUGCAGCAGGACUCCCAGACCAGUGUAGGCAACAUCAAUACACUGGUAGUAAAAUUGCGCGGGCACAAACGGAAGUUGCACGAGGAAGAUAGCAGCUCGAAUGAGGAGGAGGAGGAUGAGGAGGACUCAACGGCGAAGGUGGCAAACAACGAGAGAAAUCACGCGCUCAGCCCGGCUCCCUCGAACCACUCCAUCUCGGGUGGUGACCAGGCGCUCUGUUCAUCCAGUCCAAAGUCGAGACGAGUGGAGGACAGGCCGACCAACGCGGAUAGCACCGGCACUUCGGUAAAAGAUCUGGAGCAAGCGAUGUCUAAGCAUCUUCCGGCCACAAACCUGAACAAAUCCCAUUCACCGACGCUCCAUCAGCCCACGGACUUCAGCACGGACGCGCUGUUGAAGCAACAGCAACAGAGGAGCACAAUACAGUGGAUCGGCGCACAUCAUCACCUAGGACAUCUGAGUCCCCAACAAUCAACCACUGCCCCUUUGCCGGCCUCUGCCCUAUUGCGGCAGCUGUACGCUAACAGGGAGAGCGUGAUACGAGCAAACGUCCACGGAAUCACUUCCAGUGGCAGCACUCGUACCCCUUCGUCAGGCGGAACUUACUACACCGGAGACACUACGCCUAGUGGUCCUCUACCUACUCCGCCUGGAUCAGAGGGGUCCAGCACCUACGGUGAGCACCAGUUCGUCCUGGCUACCCACAACCAGAAGGGUACAACGGGAACGAGUUGCGCAGAUGCCUUCACUAGUUUGGUAUCCUCCUACUCCACCGCGGGCGGUUAUACGGUUGACUAUCAUUCCGCGAUGACCCCGCCAUCAUCGGUCUCGCCCCGGGACAAGCAGCAACAGCAACAACAGCAACAGCAGCAGCAACAACAACAGCAGCAGCAGCUGCAUCCUGUGAACGUGAUCAGUAACUACGAGGGCUCGUCCGCUUACACUGAUCCCGUGUUACGCCACCAGUACGAACCGGCGCAACCGUUGCCUUUGAAACCACAAGUGUAUUCAGCUGCCGUUCACCCGAGCGCGUUGGAUGCUGCCGCGGCGUACGCGUCCGCGGGACUCACCGAACAGACGCAGUUCUAUCAUCAUCCAGCGGCAGGCGCCGGGUUCCACAUCUACCACCCGACUAACAAAUCGACGACGAACGGCUGGUAUAGUUCGACGUCCUAGUGGCGUAGUCCCGCGCGCGACACUCGUGUACUUAAGUAACUGAAAUCGAGCCCAAAGCCCUCACAUGCAUAUCAGUGAUAUCGUAUUCACCU